AUGCAAGAAAAAUAGGAAUAAAGAAAAUCAACAGAUCUCAUUUGUUUCUGGUGUUUUAGUUUAUUCUAAGCAUUUUUCUUCUGUAUUUCCAUUUAUGCAUUAUUAAAUGGAAAUCCAAAUAAAUUAGGGGUACCUUAUGAUCCUGAUCGUAAACUAUUUUAUUCAAAUUUUUAUAUAGAUUCUUCUUGUGGCUUUGACUUAGAAUAAUACAAAUAUAUAUACUUUACUACUCCUACUAAUAAUUUCCUAUAUAGGACGGUUUGUUUGAGUGAAUGUCCAAAUACUUAAUAAAUAAGUAACAAUAUUAUACAAAAUUUAGCAAAACUAUAAUGUUCUCCAAAUUCUAUAGUCAAAUCGUGUUAAAUAAAUCCAAGUGUUACAAAUAUUAGCGAAUCUAUAUUAGCUUAUCCUUCAGAAGCAUGUAAUUAUUUUUAUCAUUUAGACAAUAGUUAAAUAUGUUUACCAAAAAAUCCAGAUUACUUAAAUGAAAUAAAAGAAUUUAUAGUUCCUACUGUCAAUCAAAAAAUAGGUUCAGGUUUAAGAGAUUUGAAAUGGAUAAUAUUAGCAAUUUCUUUGAUUUCAGUUAUUAUUAGGUAAUUAUUUUUGUUGAUUAUUAUAGUGUAAUAGUAUUAUUAUUCAUUGAAAAAUAUAGCACCCACAUUUUCUGGGGUUAUUUCGUUAUUAUUGUAUUGAGUUUAUUCUCAUUAUGUCUUUUUAGUGCUUAGCAAUACUAUUCAUCAUAAGAAUAAUUAAAAUUAGAUUAAUAGCUUGAGACAUAUCAAAUUAUAACAUUUGCUAAUUCUCUCUAAAUAUCUUAGAAAUUAUACUAAAUUGUUAUGAUAAUUUCUAUAAUUGCUGUCAUCUUAAGCAUUAUUUAUGCAAUAUAUUUAAAAUCAUAAACAAUUUUAUUGAAUUUAUUCAUUAAAGUUGGUGGAGAUUUUAUUAAAUCAAAUAUAGCAUGUAUAAUUGCUCCUGUUGUAGGAUCAGUUAUAAUAAUGAUAUAUUCAUUUAUUUGGAUUGAAUAACAAUUAUAUUUAUUGUCUAAUUUGAAAAUUUAAGAUAACAAAUAUCCAUAUUUUUAGAUUGAUUUUACUUAAGACAUUUAAGUAUUGAUGAUUAUGAAUUUUCUUAUUUUCAUCUGGACCCUUGCAUUUAUAAUAGGAUUAAUAGAAUAUGUAACAAGUGGAAUGGUUUGUGAAUGGUAUUAUUAAUAAGGAAACAGAAUGAAUUUUGAGAAGAAAAAUAUUUUAUCAGAUCUAAUUCAAUACCAUAUAGGGUCAAUUGCACUUGGAUCUAUGUUAAUUACAAUUUUUAAAUUUAUAAAAUAGAUAUUAAAUUUUACAAAAAUAUGUUAGGGAUUUUAUAAUCGAAUAAUUUUGGCUAUAUCUAAGCACAAUUAUGUGAUUAUGCAUAUAUAACCAAAUCAUUUUUUAGAUUGUGGCAUAAUAGUUAGAGAAUUAAUUAAAAAGGAAAUUGAUACAUAUAAUAAGAUAGGAGAACUAGGCUAAACAUUCUUGGGAAUAUCUCGUUUGAGUAUGGCAUUAUGUUGUCAAUCAAUAUGUAUGUUAGUCAUCUAAGAUCACCCAUAUUCAAUUAUACUAUCACUAUAUUGCUUUGUGAUUGCGUAUAGUAUUACAAGCUUAUUCAUCUCUUUAUAUGGGUAAUCAUCCGAAGCUAUUUACAUGCUUUAUUUAUAUAGUCAAAAUCAUUUGAGUUAGGAAGACAAUCCCUAAUGUACAAUUGUAAAUAUCAUUAUUAUAUAAUUAUAGACUUUAUAAUUAGUGUUUAAUUAAAUAAAUGACAAUAUUAAUCAAAUGUAAUGA